CGUCCCUGGGAACUUCAGUGCGCCUGUGAAAGCGACUGGGGACUGGCGCCGCAGCAGGAGAGCGAGCGGCUGCGUCCUGCAGGAGGCGUGCUCCGGGACGACGGGGCACCCACACCCGGCGGCAGGUACGCGCGGCGCGGGGCGGUCCCCGCUGACCCUGCACCCAGGCCUGGACCGCGCAGGACUUCCAGGGGCUUCCGACGAGGCAUCGGGACCUCGCCCCUGCGCCAGAUCGCUGUCUCGCCGGCAGCACCCGGCGGCCCCCUGGGCGGCCGCGCCUGCAGGAAGCCCUCCGGUAGACUCAAAGGUGCUAUCUGUGGCAUGCCCAAGCCCAAAGCUGGAAGAGGAAGAAGUUACACGUGGGCAAGUCUACGUCCUCUUGCGCCCAGGACUUGCUGCUGAGCUGAGAGGUCUCUCUGGCCCAGCCCAGCCAAGCACCAUGGAGAAAAUCAGUGCCUUCUUCAGUGCCAUCUGGGACACCAUCUCAACCAAACACCAGGAGCACCUCUUCAACAGCAUCUGUCUGGGCAUCCUGCUGGGGCUGCCCCUGCUGGUGAUCAUUGCAUUCCUCUUCAUCUGUUGCCACUGCUGCUGGAGCCGGUCGGGCAAAAGCGGCCAACAGCCAGAGCAGAACAAGGGGAAGAAGAAGAAGAAAAAGAAGAAGGCUGAAGAAGACCUCUGGAUCUCCGCCCAGCCCAAGCUUCUCCAGAUGGAAAAGAGGCCCUCACUGCCUGUCUAGUUAGGCAGGAGGCAGAGGUGUCCUCCCUUGGGGGCUCAGCUGCCUUCCAACCACACACAGGGUAGGGGGCAGAAGUCCCUGAAGUGCUGCCCUCACAUCCACAGAGGAACUACUCAACCAGGGAGCAAACCUCGGAUUGAGUGUCCUCGUGGAGGGCACUCCCGGGGAGCUCGGGGACAAGUCUUGGGUGAUGUCUCAGCCCUUCCAUGUCCAAUCGCAAUGCUCUUGACUACAGACUCAGGCAUGCCUUCCACCUAUCUCUGGCAUGUUCCAUAUGCAAAGCACAAGGAACAUGUAUCCAUGUAUCUUGACAUAUCUCCCAAAUGCACACACGCACACCAUGCACACACCACAAAUAAACACACACAUACACACACACACACACACACACUAUUCAGGCAACAUGUCCCUGGGCAAGUAUAUUCUGUUUAUCAAACGUCACUAAAUGUCUACUUUAUGGAAGGCUCUAAACGAGGCAGAACAUUAUCUGCUCUUGCAAAAACAUCUCAUAGGGAGGCCUGGCCAAUCCAGGCACACAGACACAAUUACAGAACCAGGCAAGGAGCCUACUUGCUGUCAGUUCC